GCCCGUUACACUGCAGACCAAACUAAACAGCUUACUCCACAAUCAUUCUAGAUGUCUCCGAGAUUGACCUGAUCCUCUACCCCUCACGGCCUCUCCCGUCAGUGAAAGAUGACCUCCGCACGCCAAAUCCCGGAUACGUGAUGAGACGGUGUUUCCGAUUGCUUGUGAACGCCUCGAGUGAGAUCUGCAGGAAAGAGCAAAGACCGUUCUCCGUGGCAUCCGGAUCAAAUGAUCAGUCUUGCUGAUGUGACACUACAAUGGUGGAUGUGGAGGGUAUAAAGAGACAAUUGUUGCGCAUUCAGAAGACUCAUCUCCAACACGAUCAAUCUGAUCUACAUCACGGUUUCUACAUCAUCAACACCACCUCCCUUCAACAUGGCUCCCGUUCUCAAGAAGUACAAGGCUGCAGCAGUCAACGCUGAGCCUGGCUGGUUCGACCUGCAGGAGUCCGUCCGCCGGACCAUCCACUGGAUUGACGAAGCUGGCAAGGCGGGCUGCAAGUUCAUUGCUUUCCCCGAGCUCUGGAUCCCCGGAUACCCCUACUGGGCCUGGAAAGUCAACUACCAGGAAAGCCUCCCCUUACUGAAGAGGUAUCGCGAGAACAGCCUCCCCUCCGACUCGGAUGAGAUGCGCCAGAUUCGCAACGCCGCCCGCGCCAACAAGAUCUACGUGUCUCUGGGAUAUUCUGAGGUGGACCUGGCCAGCCUGUACACCACCCAGGUGAUGAUUUCCCCCUCGGGUGACAUCCUCAACCACCGUCGCAAGAUCCGCGCCACUCACGUUGAGCGCUUAGUCUUUGGCGACGGCACCGGCGACACCACCGAGUCAGUCAUCCAGACGGAUAUCGGCCGCGUUGGACAUCUCAACUGCUGGGAAAAUAUGAACCCGUUCAUGAAGGCAUAUGCUGCCUCCCUGGGAGAGCAGGUCCACGUUGCUGCUUGGCCACUUUACCCCGGAAAGGAGACUCUGAAGUAUCCUGACCCCUUCACCAACGUGGCUGAGGCGAACUGCGAUCUUGUUACUCCCGCCUACGCGAUCGAAACCGGCACCUUCACGCUCGCGCCCUGGCAGACGAUCACCGCGGAGGGAAUCAAGCUGAACACUCCCCCGGGUAAGGAGCUGGAAGACCCUCACAUCUAUAACGGACACGGUCGGAUCUUCGGACCUGAUGGCCAGAACCUGGUUCCUCACCCGGAUAAAGACUUUGAGGGUCUUUUGUUCGUGGACGUAAGUAUUUACAGGAACAGGAUACAGGCAAAUAGCUGACUUGUACAGAUCGACCUGGAUGAAUGCCAGCUCUCCAAGUCCCUGGCUGACUUUGGCGGCCACUACAUGCGUCCUGACCUGAUCCGUCUACUCGUCGACACCAACCGCAAGGAUCUGAUAGUUCGCGAGGACCGCGUCCACGGUGGAGU